UAUGUGUGCACAUGUAUGUGUGUAUGUAGGUGUGUAUUUUUAGGAUUCUGGGCGGACCGGACCCCCCUCCACGAGGCCGCGUCCCACGGCCGGGCCCUGCAGCUGCAGCAGCUGAUGGAAGGGGGGGGGGCGUCGGUCAACGUGGUGACGGUGGACGACGUCACGCCGCUCCACGACGCCUGCAUCCAGGCUCGUCCCGGCUGUGCCCGGCUGCUGCUGGAGGCCGGAGCCCAGGUGGACGUCCGGACCGUCCAUGGGAGCACCCCCCUGUGUCACGCCUGUGGUUCUGGCAGCCUGGACUGUGUCAGGCUGCUUCUGGAGUACGGGGCCAAUGUGAACCCGUCCCUCACAGCCCUCACCGCCUCGCCCCUCCACGAGGCCUGCAUACAAGGUAACGUUGCCGUAGUGAGGCUGAUGAUAGCCAGCGGCGCCAGGCUGGAGGCCUACCACGUCCACUUCGGUCCCCCGCUCCACGUCGCUUGUGCCAAGGGACACGUGGACUGUGUCCAGGAGCUGCUCCAUGCAGGUGCCAGGGUGAACUCGGCGAGGUUCCACGAGGUGGCGCUGCACCACGGCCGGGUGGGGACGGUGGACCUGAUCGAGCUGUUGGUGGAUUUCGGGGCCGAUGUGAACGCCAGAGACACCCUGGAACGGAAGCCCGUGGACUACGCCACCCCCGCGUCCCCCGCCCACACCUGCCUCACGUUUCACGAAGGAAAUACUCUGAGCCUGCAGCAGCUCUGUCGAAUCGCCGUGAGGCUGCGGCUCGGCACCAAAGCCCCGGAGGUCAUAGGUCAGCUGGACACGCCCCGCCGCAUCCACAGCUACCUCCGGUACCGUGAUCCUCCUGCAGGACUACACCGGGACACAUGUGACAACGCUGCCUUAACCCCGCCGGCUGGUGCUGGCGAGAGAACCGAGGUGCACCAGGCGGCGUCCCUCGGCCAGACGUCCCAGCUGCAGCGUCUCAUCCGAAGCGGGGGCGGUCACGUGGUGGCGGUGGACUCCAUCACGCCGCUGCACGAGGCCUGCGUCCGGGGACAGGCCCAGUGUGUCCGGCUGCUGCUGGACGCCGGAGCCCAGGUGGACGCGAGGAACGUGGACGGCAGCACCCCGCUGUGUGACGCCUGCUCAGCCGGGAGUCUGGAGUGUGUCCGUCUUCUGCUGGACCACGGGGCCAAGACCAACCCCGCCCGCCCUCAACGCCCGCACCGCUCCCCCCUCCACGAGGCCUGCAUGGGGGGGAACUCUGAGUGUGUGAAGCUGCUGAUCGCCACGGGUGCUCGCCUGGAGGCGUACGACCUUUACUACGGGACCCCGCUACACGUAGCGUGUGCUAACCAACACACACACUGUGUUAAGGAGCUGCUCAAUGCAGGUGCUAAGGUGAACGCCGCCCGGCUACACGAGACGCCGCUGCACCACGCUGCUAAGAACACCCAGGUGGAGAUGGUGAAGAUGCUGGUGGAGUUCGGGGCCAACGUCCACGCCCGAGACCAGCACAACAGGAGACCCGUGGACUACGCCGCGCCCGGGUCGCCCUCGGCCACCUGCCUCCACUUUUACGAGACCACCCCCAUGACCCUGCAGCAGCUCAGCAGGCUGGCGGUGAGGAGGACGCUGGGCACCAGAGCUCUGGGGGUCAUGGGUCAACUCCACGUACCCAAGCUCCUCAUCCGCUACCUGUGCUACCAGUAACCCCGAGGACCACCGAUGGGGGGACUCUCAAAGAGCUGCAAACCACAGCAAAGGUGCCACGGCUUUAGUAGACAUCAGUGUUUAGUCAGAAGCACAAGGUUUCUCUUCAAAGCUACACUUUGACCCCAAGACUUGGCUAGCUCAAAGUCCCAGGGGGGGUGAGAGAGACGAGGAUCCCAGCUCCCAAGUCCUGGAUUUGCCCAAAAUGUCAUUCUCUAUUGACUUGUCGUCCGGUUCUGGAUCUGGAUCGUGGAUCUUUUGAGAUGCAAACAUACCGACACAUGCAUAGGAAAUGAUAAUCCUAAAAUAGAAGCUCCAAAUGGUCUCCUUAACAGCAGCUUCUUGUGGAAAAAGCCGCUCUCAGCACUGGAAACCAUCCCAGUCUCUAUUUCGGGUUGAUAAACAAGAGGAUUUUAAAAGGUCUUUGCAGCAUAUACAGUACAAGUCUUAACAGCAUUUAAUGUCUAAAUGAAUAGAAGCGUAACUUACACUACAA